UCGAAAGUUAACUUUAGGUCUUUUGGGAAAUAUUAGUCACUUCCCCUUAAAAGGACUCUACUCUAUUCGUUCUUUUAGGCAAGUCUUCCUUUUAUUACAAGUACAUAGGUUCUUUAUUGUGUUUAUCACUGCUGAAUGUUUACCUAAUUGGGAAAUCUUACUCUUUUUGGCUACAUAUAAGUGAUAUUUCAUAGUAAUCUUAUAAAGAUUAGUUCUUAUGCCUUCAAAUAUCUAAUGCUGCCUUGUCAAGUCUCUAGAGUAAAAAUGAAAUUAUGAGCGUUUAUUUGAGCCUUCCAAAGUUUUAAAUAAUGUUUUGCACCAAAAUCGUCUUAGUUCGGGAUAUUUUUACUAUUAAUAGAUGAGGCUUGACCAAAGAGGGGUUCCGAACUUAUAUCCGGAAAGGAGGAUUUCUGGAAGUGAUUAAAAUAAUCGAUACUUGAAAUUUUCUAAAAAUAAUACUACACUAGAAAUAGAGUUGCUCUGAUGUAUAUCACUAAAUUUCUUUGAUUUCUCUCUAAAAGU